AUGUCGGAUUCAAAUCCUAUAGCAUCAAUUGAAAAGGAAAUUAGUGAAGAGCGAAUAUUCUUUUUUGAUCAAGGCGAGUUUAGCUGUCCAGAGAAAAUUUCUGAUAGUGCGCAUAGUUCUGUAUGUAAAUUAGACUGGAAAAGCUCUGGAAUAGCGGUUGUUCUUAAAAAAAUAAAGGUCAACAAAAAUCCAAGAGAGCUUUUACUUUUGCAUAAAGUUGCACUCCAUCCUAAUAUUAUUGGUUUCUAUGGUUUAAUUAAAGCGAUUAUUAAUUUUAGUAUUGUAUCUCUCAAAGAAACCUCUCUUACAUUCACAGUUCAACCAUAA